UCCAGUCUGGGAGUAUGAGACGGACAGAUGUGUCUAAUCUAUCCUCGUUAUAACCUUGUAUCACGCAACCAAGUUUCAUGGUCAUCCUCCAUAGAAUGACACCAAGUUAUUUCAAGUGCACCUGGUGAUUUCAUUGAUGUUCAAAUGAUGAAAAUGCAAUCAAAAACAUGAAUAUUAGCUGCCGUCUGCAGUUUAGCAGAGUUCUUCUGGGGUUUUCUAUAGUUUGUAUUCUACUAGUGUUCGCGUUUAGUCAAUUCGGUUUCAAUGGUUAUCAAGUUGAAAUAAUUCCAGGCAGUUUGCUACAGAGGAAUAUUGAAAAACUACCGCGAAAUCUGGGAGUGAAUAUCAGGUACUGGCUAUCGAGAAACAUAAAGUGGGAAUAUUUACAUUGUAGUCAGAACGAAAAUGAAACAUACAAUGCUCUGUUAAGCAGAUGGAUUGCAAAGUUAUCAAGAACAAUUGGAAUAAUGGAUGGCCAAUCAUUAUUCUUUGCCAAUACAGGCUGUUUAAAAUGGCUUAGACAAUUUCGUACCCAGUUUCCCAAACUCAACCUUGGUGGAUCCGACGAAGACUACGGAGCGGUCGAUCACGCGAGACGUUUCUUCAACGACACCGCACGAAAAUUUGUCGAACGUUUAUCAGAAGCACGAAACGACAGCUUUGAUCACGCUAUAAAUUUCGCGGGCUUACAAACGAUGCGCGCCGAUAUACAAUGUUUAAAAGCGAAAGCUAUCUUGAGAACAUUAAAAAAUGGAGGGAUUUUGUACAUUGGACAUAACCUGGAACGAGACUGCAGAACUGAUGCAUGCAAACAAUGUCUACUUGAGUCGCAGAAAAUAGGUUUUACAAUUCUGAACAAAUGUUUUUGGCGUAAAGAUUGUUUCGGACAGCCAAGAAAGGCUUAUGACAUUUAUUAUGUUUUGGAGCGAAACUUUUUCGGAUCUGCUAAAGAUUUUCCCGAAUGCAGAACCGGCGUAUUCGUACGAAAGAACUCCAACUAUGGCCAUACGAAUAAAUCACUACCGGCACUUAGACCCUCUGAUAUUUAUUACCAAUGUUAAUGUUAAGAUUCGAUGAAUUUAUUUAUGUAAUUUUAAAAAUAGAUAACGUAAUAUUUGGCAAUAGAUACUUCCAC